AUGUCUCCAUUGUUCUUUCCAGAGAAAUUUGAGGUUCUUGGUCCAGCUGAUCCUGUAGUUGCUGUAGCUGGUGAAGAUGUUGUUCUGCCCUGUUACCUCAAACCCAACAUCAGUGCUGUGGACCUACAUGUCGAGUGGUUCAGAGUUCAGACGAAUAACCCACUUGUACAUUUUUACCGGGAUCAUGAGGACAGAAAUGAGAAGCAGAUCCCAUCUUACAGGGGAAGGACAUCACUGUUCCCUGAGGAACUGAUGAAAGGAAACACUUCACUGAAGAUUAAAAAUGUGCGAGGAUCUGACAAUGGAGAGUAUAAAUGUUUUAUUCAGGCUGGGGACUGGUAUGAUGAUUCUUCCAUUAAUGUUCACAUUAAAGCUGUAGGAACCCAACCAGUGAUCUCCAUUGAGGGAUAUAAAGAAGGAGGGAUCAGUCUGGUGUGUGAAUCUAAAGGCUGGUACCCUCAGCCUCAAGUGGUCUGGAUGGACAGUGAAGGACACAGUCUCCCUGCUGGAUCAACUGAAACACAAAGAGAUAUUAUGGACCCCUUCACUGUGAGAUGA